AUGAGGCGCGGGGAAGGGCGCGCAGGGGGGACGUCCCCCCAGCAGGUGCAGAACGCGCACAAGGGGCGCAGCCUGCCGAGCGUGCGGAGUGUGUCGGCGGGGCUGCUGCCGUCGUUCCGCGCCAUCUCCAGCUACCUCCGCCAUGUCUCCUCCUCCGCCGACUCCCUCGUCGCCUCCGCCGUCCGCUCCGCCUCAGCGUCGGUCGCGGCGGCCAUGGCGCCGGGCGACGACAGCCAGAACAAGGAGCAGGUCACAUGGGCGGGUUUCGGGUGGUUGGAGCAGGGGUCCUCCCGCGGCGCGUCCGUGCCCGUGUCCGGCACGCGCCACGUGCUCCUCGUGGCGUACACCACGGGCUUCCACGUGUGGGACGUGAGCCAACCACACGCCGUGCAAGAGCUCGUCUCGCGACGCGACGGCCCGGCGGACUCGUUGCAUCCCAUCCCUUACGUCGCUAGAACCCCCCCGGAUAGUCCGCUCCACGACGCGCAUCCCGUGCUCUGCGUCGUGUGCCCCGCUGCCGCCGCGCCUCCGCCUCUCUCGGCGGCAGCCUUGGAAUCUCCAAGCUUGUCCGCGCAAUUUCCGUACCUGGACGACGAUGAACCGUACGCUGACGUGGCGGACGGGGUGGACGAGCCGUACGCGUGCGGAGACGAAACGGGCGGCGAGCAGAGCGUGCUGCGGUUCUACUCGAUGCGGAGCGGUUCGUAUGUGCACUCGAUUACAGUGGCGGGGCGGGUGAUGGGCGUGAGGAGCAACCGCAGCGUGCUGGCAGUGGCUGUCACGGAACAGGUGUACAUAUACGACCUACCGUCACUACGAACGGCCUUCAGUGUGCUCACGCACCCGCACCCCCUCCCCUCCGCCCUCCCCGGCAUCGCCCGCACGUCCCCCCACGGCGCCCUCGCCCUGGGCGCGCGCUGGCUCGCCUACCCCUCCAACCAGCCCCUCGCCCCCCCCGCCUCCGCCCCCCUCCCCUCCUCCGCAUCCUCCUCUGCGGCUGCUGCUGCUGCAGCGGGCGCAGGGGCGGCACUGGUGGCGCAUUAUGCUAAAGAGUCAGGGAAGCAGCUGGCGGGGGGGAUAGCCGCCCUGGGGGACCUGGGGGUGCGCGCGGUCGGCAAGUAUUGGACGGACAUGGUGGCGGAGUCCGCCGGCGGCUCAGGUGUUUCCAGCGCGUCAGGUGCUUCAGGUGUUGCAGCAGGGUCGGGGUCCCCCUGGAGCAGCAGGAGCCCGGAGCACAUGUUUGCGCCUGACUCACCACACGCAUCCGUCUCUGGAGCGUCAGUAGUCUCGGGAGCAUCGGUAUCGGGGUCGUCAACAGAUGGGUAUGCGGACGCCAGUCCCAGGGCAGCAGCCAUGCACUCUCCUUCACCACCGCAGCUCCCACCUGCUGACCCCGGCCAUGCCGGCAACGUGAUGGUGCGGGAUGUGGCGACUCGAGCAGUGAUAGCGCACUUCAAGGCGCACGGCAGCGCCAUAGCACUGCUGGCGUUUGACAGCUCGGGCACGCUGCUGCUCUCCGCCUCGCACGCCGGCCACUCCCUCAACGUCUUCCGCCUCACCCCCGCCCCCUCGCCCCUCCACUCCCCUGCCGCCAACGCACCUCUCCUCGACUCACACCCCCAGUCGCCCCCAGACGGCUGCUCCUAUGUGCAUUUGUAUAGGCUUCACCGCGGCCUCACUAACGCUGUGAUACAGAGUGCGGUCAUUUCACACGAUGCCAGGUGGGUGGCCGUGUCAUCAGCACGAGGCACCACACACCUCUUCGCCAUCUCCCCCUUUGGAGGCCCCGUCGGCCCCGCCACUCACCUCCCCUCCGCGCCCUCGCCCGCCCUCCUCCACCCUGUGUAUACCCACACCCCCUCCCUCCUUCCCCCGCCCCCCCCCCGCCCCUGGUGGUCCGCGCACGUCCCCCUGCGCGCGUCCCCCGCGCCUCCCCGCGUUCCCCCACGCGUCCCCGCGCCAGUGGCACUCACAUCAGUGGGGCGCAUUCGGAAUGCCAACAGUGGGUGGCGGGGGAACGUGACAGGCGUGGCGGCAGCAGCGGCUGGGUUAGGGGGGGAGAUCCCAGGCGCCGUUGCUGCUGCUUUCCACUUUGGGGGGGUGGCAGGUGCUAGGGGUUUUGGGAUGAUGGGAGGGAGUGGGGCUGUUACGCACCACCAGCAGCGGCACCACCAGGUAGCUUCCGGGCAGUUUUUCGGGCAGCCGGACUGGGCUCCGCAGCCAAUAGCAGAGCAGCUGUGGGUGUUUUCCCCCUUGGGUCACCUGAUACGGUACCACCUCACUCCCUUCGCUGCUGCUGCUGACCCCUCCUCCUCCUCGUCCUCCUCCCCCUCUCACACCCACAGCAGCCCCAUGCACACACCCCACUCGUACACGCACCACCCACACGACCAGUACACGAGCCAUACAUACGACCCCAGAGGCAUGUACAUGCCGCCUCACGCCAUGGCUUCCCAUAGCAGAGCAGCGGGCAUGCACCCUGGCAUGGGCGCUAUGGCUUCCGCCCCCGCGUUCCCCCCAUUCUCCCCCUUCCCCACCGUGCCCCCCAUGGCUCAAUCCGACUCGUCGGUGCAGGGGGGGCGCUCCUUUGAGCGCCUGCCCUCUCUCCCCGCCCUCGCGCUGCGCUCUGCUGCCGCUGCCGCGGGGGUGAGGGGCAUGGGGGUGGGGAGCGCCAGGGGCAGCGCAGUGGGGGAGGUGGUGGUGAAGGUGGCAGCAGAGGCGGGUGAGGUGUGGGACGUGUGUCGCCGUGUGAGCUGGAGCGACCGUGAUGACCCCAUCCCCGUUGACAGCACGUGGCUUGAUGGUCACAGUGCUAGUGCUCAUGCUGCUGCUGCUGCUGCUGCUGCUGCUGCUGCUGGCAGUGCUGGUGGUGCUGUCGCUGCUCCUGCUGCCGCUGGUGGUGCUUCUGCAGAUGCUGUGUGCUCAGCGUCAGAGGAAGUGAGGCAGAGGGCGGCGGAGGAGGCACAGCAGAGGGCGUAUCUAAUGCACGCGGAGGUGCAGCUGUCCACCAGCAGAGCGACGCCCCUGUGGGCGCGCUCCUAUGUGCGGCUACAACCAGAGGACCCACCGGUUGAGCUCCAGUCAAAGGACCCAUACAUGCAGCUACAGGCGGUUGGCAGUGAGGCACCCCCUGCCAGCAUUGCAGGCAUCGCUGUGCCCCCUCCCGCUCCCCUUGGCACUGGGGCCUCCCCGCCUGCCUUCCCGUCCUCUGCCAGUCCGCCCACACUCGAGGGCUUUCCUCAGGCACGAGUGGAGCAGCAGCAGCAGCAGCAACAGCAGGUGGUGCAUGGGGGACAGCAGGGAUGGGGUGGCGCCCAGCAGCAGCAGCACGCGUAUCACACGCAUGAAGGCAUCGGCCCGCAGACACAGCCGCACGUGGGGGUGCACAUGGGAGUGCAUGUGGGCGGGGAGCAUGGCAGUGGUGCCGUGCAUGCCCCCAGACGCACCUCCGCCCUGGGUGGCCUGCUCCGCCACUCCGCCACCGCCGCUACUGCUGCUGGUGUUGCUGCUCCGCGGCUCCCACAUUCACUCUCACCCUCUCCUGCAACCACAGCCACAGCCGCUCCUCUCGCAGCAGGAGAGAUAGCAGUGUCCGAAGCAGGAGUGCAAGGGAAGGAGGGAUUGCAGGGAGUAGAGGCCAUGCACGGGAGGCAAGUAGAGCUACCUGGAGAUUUCCCCGGUACUGCUACUGCUCCUGGCCCCCUGGGUAGUAUUAGCGGCAGCAGCAGCAAUUGGGUGGGCGCAGGGAGCAGGGCGAGGGGGCAGGUAGCACAGGAGGCGCGGACAGGUCUGGGCGUGGCGCUGGAGCAGCCCAUGGGGGGCUGCAGAGGGCGUCAGCAGUUGGGGGAGGUGGGGGGCGGUGGGGGAGGGCAGGAAGGGGUUGGUGGGGAGUGGAUGGCGGUGGAGCAGGGGGGAGCAGUAGGAGCAGCAGGAGGGGAAGUAGGGAUGGGGGUUGUGAUUGGUGUGGGUGGAGGGAUGUUGGGUGGUGUGGAUGAGGAGGGGGGCAUGGCAAAUGAUGCUGAUUGGAGGGCAGACAGCUGGGGGGCUGAAGGGGGACCCAGCAGUGAAGCAACUGGAUUAUCGGUGCCUGGACCCGGGGCGAUAGAGGAAGCAAGGGAGGAGGAGCGCGAAGAGGGGCGGAUGGGGUUUGACAUGAGUGGGAGGCGGGUCGGCGAGAGAGGCGAGGCAGAGGGAGUGUUUGCAUUCGACGACCCGUGGCUUGCUGCCCAAACGCACACCCUAGGAUGCUAA